GUUAUUCUUACUGUUAACAUAUUAAACACUACUGAGGCUUACUUGCGUUGCAAGUCUUUGGUAGACAUGCACUUCCUAUAUAUCACGUUGGCAUCGGCCAUGCUUGGGCUUGUCAGUAGUCAAAGCUGUCCAGGUGUUGCCGCUCCUCGAUAUGCAUUUGCGACAGAUCCUGCAUAUAAGGCAAAGAAGGUCGCCGGGGGUUUGACGAAUCCUCGCGGCCUCACACUAGACAAGGCUGGUCGCAUUCUCAUCCUCGAGCGUGGUAAGGGAAUCAGUCAGCACACUGUCGAUUCUGCUGGCUGCAUCACGAAGAGCGUCACCCUGCUGAGCUUGACCUCCUUGAACCAUGGCAUCUAUCUCAGCCCCGACGGAACAAAGCUGUAUGCCAGCAGUUCCACUGACGCCUUCAGAUGGUCAUACAAUCCCACUACCGGAGCAAUUGGCAGCACCCGCACCACUGUUGUUACGGGCAUGAACCCGGGGGGCCACUCAACAAGGACAUUGGUGAUAUCGCCGAAGGCCCCAAAUCUCCUCGUUGUGUCGCAGGGCUCGAGCGAAAACAUUGACGCCGCGUCUAUUGACCCAAGUGUGGCUAGAGCGAUCGUUAAGGUCUUUGAUCUCAACUCUGUGCCCUCAGGCGGGUACAACUAUGUCUCGCAAGGCUAUAAUGCUGGAUAUGGCCUCCGGAACGAAGUCGGCCUUGCUUUCGAUGGACAAGGAAUGUUGUGGGGCGUUGAAAACAGUGGUGACAAUUUCGUGCGCACCGUCAAUGGUGUUACGACUGAUAUACAUCUGAACAACCCUGCAGAGGAACUCAACUUCUUAGGAAAUGUGAGCAAGCCGAAUAAUAACUGGUACGGAUAUCCGACUUGCUUCACAGUCGGCGACCCGAGCCAAUUCAAGGAUACCACCACUUUCUCCUUGGGCGAUCAAUUCGUACAGGCACCAACCAGUACCAUCAACGACUCGUACUGCAAGCAGAAAUCCGUAGCACCGCGCCUCAUUUUCCCAGCCCACUCCGCACCUUUGGAUGCCAAAUUCGACAGUACUUUUUCAAACCUCUAUGUAACACUUCACGGCGCUUGGAAUCGAUCUCCUCCCACCGGCUACGGCCUUGUACGCGUACCCUUCACAAAGGCCAGUGACGGCUCUUACGCUCCAGCCUCGCCCCUGAACAAGGUCGGAUAUGUCAAGGUCUUCACUCCGUCAAAGUCAAAUGGUCCGACAUGCUCUGCCACAACAUGUGCUCGACCAGUUGGUCUUUACUUUGAUGCAGCUGGUCGACUGUAUAUGACCAGUGAUGCAUCCGGGGAGUUAUUCCUGAUUCAAAAGGUGUGAGAUGCUCCGUUGAGUAUUCUGAUGUGGUCGCUUCUUGGAUGUUUGAUAAGUUAGAUGAUUGGUAGAUUGGUGCUGCUGCCUUGCCGUGCGUAUCGAAGGACAAACCACACGAGCACUUUCUUUAAAAUAUACAGUCCAGAAGAUGUAUUUGUUAAUGUCAAUCCGUCUAUCCUUUAUUAAUAUUUAUA